CUCCGCGCCCGCCCCUCCCCGCUCUGGCCGUUCCCAGCGGCAGCGGGGCAAGGAUGAAGGACCGGACCGGGGAGCUGCGCGCUGCCAAGGACAGUGAUGAUGAUGAUGAAGUCACCGUCAGCGUGGACCGGGAUCGUUUCAUGGAUGAGUUCUUUGAGCAGGUGGAAGAAAUUCGAGGCUUCAUUGAUAAAAUUUCGGAGAAUGUGGAAGAAGUGAAAAGGAAGCACAGCGCCAUUCUGGCUUCUCCCAACCCUGAUGAGAAAACGAAAGAGGAGCUGGAGGAGCUGAUGUCUGACAUCAAGAAGACGGCGAACAAAGUGCGCUCCAAACUAAAGAGCAUCGAGCAGAGCAUCGAACAAGAGGAGGGGCUGAACAGGUCAUCGGCCGACCUGCGGAUAAGGAAAACUCAGCACUCCACGCUGUCCCGCAAGUUCGUGGAGGUGAUGUCGGAGUACAACGCCACGCAGACCGACUACCGGGAGCGCUGCAAGGGCAGGAUCCAGAGGCAGCUGGAGAUCACUGGCAGGACCACCACCAGCGAGGAGCUGGAGGACAUGCUGGAGAGCGGCAACCCGGCCAUCUUCUCCUCUGGGAUCAUCAUGGAUUCAAACAUCACCAAGCAGGCACUGAACGAGAUUGAGACACGGCACAGUGAGAUCAUCAAACUGGAGAACAGCAUCCGAGAGCUGCACGACAUGUUCAUGGACAUGGCCAUGCUGGUGGAGAGCCAGGGAGAGAUGAUUGACCGCAUCGAGUACAACGUGGAGCACUCGGUGGACUACGUGGAGCGGGCUGUGUCCGACACCAAAAAAGCGGUGAAGUACCAGAGCAAAGCCAGGCGGAAGAAGAUCAUGAUCAUAAUCUGCUGCGUGAUCCUGGGCAUCGUCAUCGCCUCCACCUUCGGCGGCAUUUUCGGCUAGACUCACCCCAGGACUGUUUGUGUGCGAUGGACGGAGCCGCGCGUGCCAUGGGGCUGCAGCCACGCCAGAGCCACCCGCGCAGCCCCGGAGCCUCCCAGCAGCAUUUCAGUUUUAAUGCAUGGUUGUUUGUGACGCUGUGUGUGCGGUGCGGUGCGUCUGUGUGGAGGGAGCUCCAGCCCCGGGGCGCAGGCGGGGGCCGGCGAUGGUGAUGGGUGCGAGGGGGACCCGGCGGGGAACCCAAGCUCUCAUCACUGCUCCAGGCUGGGGGGCUGGCUGGGACCCGGCGGGGACACUGCUGCUCAUCCCUAAUGGGCAGUGUGUUAGUGACAGGGGAGGGAUGGGAGGGGUGGUGGGUGUUUGGGGUCCCCGGGAGUGCGGUGCCCAGUCAGCCUGCCCAGCUUGCCCAUCAGCUCCAACUCUCAUGUCUGUCAGCCGCAUCUGUGCUUGCAAACACCUUCCCUCGGGCUGCUUCUCUCCGGGGCCCUUCCCCAGGGGUGUGCUCUGCCCAGCCCUGCCUGGCCAGUGACUGUGUCCGGCUCUGGGGCUCCAUCCCUGCCGCUCCUCCCGUGGCAGGGCUGUCCCCUCACCCCAGCAAGGUGCCAAAGGCUGGAUGUGCAGGUGGUGGGUGCCUGGUGGAGCAUGUGCUGCUUGGGGCCAUCACAGUAGCCUGGGGACAGGAAUGAGGCAUGUGGGGGCCAGUGCUGCUCCUGAUUGCUGGCCUGGCAGGGCAGGGCGGCACGGAGUCUGAGGCCAGUGAAUUUCCCUGGCUGCUCAUCCUGCAGCCAGCCUCACCACAGGCUCUCAGCCCUGGCACACGGUGGUCCUGGCUCCUCUUGCCCACAGGCUGGACAAACCUGCUGGGGUUUGGGGCUGUUGCUGAUAUCCAGUCCCUGGCAGCGCUCACCUGCAAGCAGGGCAGCUCCAGCCUUGAUUUUCCAUACCCUUGGCUGGGGGUUAGAAGCAGUUGGGCUUUCUCCUGUUGUGGUCCCAGGAGCAGCCCUUGCUGCAUCCAGCCCCCUGCAAAGCGAGGAGCAGCUGCCUCCCUCCUCCUGUCUCCAGCCUGGUUCUGAACAGGCCAGUGCCUGACUGCCUGUUUGCCACCUGCUGGCACCGUGCCCUCCUGCCCAGCCAUCCAGUGAGGCACCUCUCAGUGGGGAGCUG